GGCUAACCCGGGCUGGGGACGGCUGGGCCGUUUCGCUGGGCGGUGUCCGGAGCGCUUCGGGGCCCGGGCGCCCGGGGUUCACGCCACACUCCCAGGGGAUACCUGAACGAGCGGGCCGGCGGGGAGUGGCCGGGACCAUGGGGUGCUUCUUCUCCAACAGGCGGAAGGCUGAGAAGGAGUCGCAGCCCGAGGGCGGGGAGGGGCGGCCGAAGCAGUACAGCUGGGACCAGCGCGAGAAGGUUGAUCCAAAAGACUACAUGUUCAGUGGCCUGAAGGAUGAAACAGUAGGUCGCCUACCUGGCCAAGUGGUGGGACAACAGUUUCUCAUUCAAGACUGUGAGAACUGUAACAUCUAUAUCUUUGAUCACUCUGCUACGAUUACUAUCGAUGACUGUACUAACUGUGUGAUUUUUCUGGGACCUGUGAAAGGCAGUGUGUUUUUUCGGAAUUGCAGAGAUUGCAAGUGUACGCUCGCCUGCCAACAGUUUCGUGUGCGGGAUUGUAGAAAGCUGGAAGUCUUUCUGUGCUGUGCCACUCAACCCAUCAUUGAGUCUUCCACAAACAUCAAGUUUGGCUGCUUCCAAUGGUACUACCCCGAGUUAGCGUUCCAGUUCAAGGACGCGGGGCUGAGUAUCUUCAAUAAUACCUGGAGCAACAUUCAUGACUUUACACCCGUGUCAGGAGAGCUCAACUGGAGCCUUCUUCCCGAGGAUGCUGUAGUUCAAGACCAUGUUCCUCUGCCUACUACCGAAGAGCUCAAAGCUGUCCGCGUUUCCACAGAAGCCAAUAGAAGUAUCGUUCCAAUAUCUCGGGGUCAGAGGCAGAAAAGCAGCGAUGAGUCAUGCUUAGUGGUAUUAUUUGCUGGUGAUUACACUAUCGCAAAUGCCAGAAAACUAAUUGAUGAGAUGGUCGGUAAAGGCUUUUUCCUAGUUCAGACAAAGGAAGUAUCAAUGAAAGCCGAGGAUGCUCAAAGGGUUUUUGGGGAAAAAGCACCUGACUUCCUUCCUCUUCUGAACAAAGGUCCCGUUAUUGCCUUGGAGUUUAAUGGAGAUGGAGCUGUAGAAGGAUGCCAACUUAUCGUCAAUGAGAUAUUCAAUGGAACCAAGAUGUUUGUAUCAGAAAGCAAGGAGACAGCAUCUGGAGAUGUAGACAGCUUCUACAACUUUGCUGACAUACAGAUGGGAAUAUGAAGUGCAAUGUGGAACCAAGGACUGGUAUUAAGCACUUUUUAAUUUGUGUAUUAGCAACGGUUUUUACUAAUGAUGAAACUGUUAAUGAUUAUUUUUUAGUAAAUGGUUGAAUACUGCAUCAUUUACUUCAGGUUCAAAAAUUGUAUUGGGAUACAUGGUUGGCUCAGUCGGUAGAGCAUAGGAUUCUUGAUCU